UAAAGGCUGCCCAGCAGAGCAGAGGGGAGUCUCUCCCUGACAAGCAAGGGAGGAGGGAUGGUUCCUAGGGAUAUCACCUGAGAUAGAGCAGUGCUAGGCAGGCUCAGGGGAGCAGAGGGAAAGCUCCAGGCUGAGGCCCCUGAAAGAAAGGGCUGAGAAGGUGCAAGGACCAAGGGGAAGUAGCCUAGGGAGUGCGAGCAGUAGAGGGGAGAGAAGAAGGGCAGGACAUGGCUGCCACCAGAGGGUCCCUGGACCGGGAUGCAGAGUAGUGGCCAGGCCUAGGUCCCUCCCUCCCCUCUGGGGCUGCAGUUGGCCGUGAAGGCAGGUACAGACCAAGGACUGAGGAUACUCCUGGAAGCGGGGAGAAUAGAGCAGGGGUAUUGCUGGAGGGCUGUGUCCAGAAGAGGAUGCCAGGGAGUAAUGCGGGUCCUGGACAAACAGCAGAGCAGACAACGGGUGAGACACCACCCGCAGAGGGUACUCCAUGGCUGGACGGAGCUAAUUCCUGGAGCACCAGCAGGAGGUGCCAUGAUGAUCAUGGCUUCCCCAGAUGUGGAAUGCACAGUGGAGAAAAGUUCUUUGCCCAAAGCUGGUGCAGAUGAUUUGCGCCAGACAGUGCCAGCAGAUUCAUCUCUGGACGUUAAAUGCCCUUUGUGCUUGGAAAGAUUUGACAAUAUGUUUUGCUUAAACCCUUGCUUACAUAAGUCCUGCUUUUCUUCUGUCCAAGCAUGGUCAGAAGCCAAAGCAGAGUGCCCACUCUGCAAGCAGCCUGGCCAGUCUGUGUUUCACAGUGCAGGGGCUGGAGAAGAUUCUAAGGAGUAUGUCUCGAUGCCUUCAGAAAAUCACGCUUUGUCUAAACCUGGUCUGUGGGAACUUCCCUAUCCCACCUCAAGAGAACCUGAUACAGCAGUUUCUCUUUGCAAGAGUUCCUCAUCUCGACAGACUGAUGAUAUGACAUCAAAUAUUCAGUUUUCUGAUCAACGAAUACAUCCAGGAGUUCACGAAAUUCAUGAAGUGAUGGGAUUGUUUGCAGUAAGGAGACAGCUUAGUGCAGAUAGAACAUACCUGGGACCAAGUCAGAAAGAGUCUGCAUUUGAUUUCAUCCCAGUUUUGCAGCGCUUUGGAGUACAGGUUCAACAGGCUCAUCCUCACAGAGACUUUUCAGCCAGGUCACAGAUGCCAAGCCUAAUGAACAUGAUGGUGGUGCUUGUCUCUUCCGGUGUUUUACUAUUUGUCUGUUUUUAUUUGUAUUUAAGUGUUAUUCUGUUACAUAAAUAAAACCCAGUUGGGUUUCUCGGUAGUCUAGGAAUUAAAGUGUGUGUGUGGGAGGAGGGGAAAGCAAAGAUCAAGUCUUUUGGGAACAAAAUCACAAUGAUGGUUAUUCUGAAGCCAACAGACUCAGGGUCUCCUUAGUUCCAAACCUACCACAGGCUUAAACCUUUACGCAGCCAAAGGCUUCUGCUUCCCAGAAGAGAACAAUGAGAUGAUCAGCCCAAAGAUAAAAGCUUCUGCCUCUCACAAGGAUUGAACAAUGGGGACCAUUUGCUCAAAGAGUAAAAACAAAGCAGCUGGCCCAGAUAAGCAUCUGUGGUUAUUUAUUUUUUCCCUUUAUUAAAAACAAACAAACAAGACUUUUCCUCAGCAGAGGUCCAAAACAUUACAUACUGAAUGAGGAUCACUACUGUGUUUGGGUUCUAGUACUCUUUUUAUAAGAGAUUAAAAGGUUCUGCAGAAAGUUAGAAUUAAACCAACCAUUUCCAAGUCUUGCUAUACCUGAGAUAUUGCGUAUCACACUGUUUAAUACAAUUGAAUAUUUAUAGCAGUAAAAGAAAAAAACACAAUCAAAUGUAGAACUAACUUAAAAUAUUUGACUGCCUCUGAGGCAUGGAAAAAGUGAAAGAGAUUAGGGCCCCUACAUCAUUUAAGGUAAAUUUUCAAAAGCACCUAAGUCUCACUGAAAAAUCAAUGGGCCUUAGGUUCCUAAACCAUUUAGGUGCUUUUGAAAAUUGUAUCCUUAGCCAAUUUCAUCCAGUUAUGAUUAUCAGCACUACCCCUCGAUUUUUCUGAAGAUGGAUUCAGCACUGUAGACUGAAAGUUUGCUUAGAACAAAAUGCAGUUUGGGAUUGGAUAAAAGUCAUUUUUCAUAACAUCUUUGAAAGACUGAGCUAAAGAUAUUUUUUCAGUUGUUUCUUUGCUGCUAUAUUUUACUGAGAACCUUGAGACCUGUCUCAUUAUAACUUGUUUGCUUUGACAAACAUUGUUUUAGAGAAUCUCCACCUGCCCCCUAAAGCUGCUCCAGCUAGAGUCAUGGCAAGAGCAAUGGCGCAGCUCACGAGCACACAUGCAUGCAGAAGUCUGGACAUACACAUAGGUACACAUGUGUAGCCACAUGAAGGUGCUUCUAUGAAGAAAACAUUGCAGUGUAACCUCAGGCAGCCAUUGUUAUGCUGGGUACAGCUAAAGAGUUAAAGAGAUGCAGGCAUUUUAAUCCCUUUCCCACCAAAAAAAAAUAAUUCCACCAUUUAGAAUGAGAGAACUACUCCCAACGCUCACAUCAGUGUGGCCUUAUCAUAUAUGACUUCUCUGAUUAGCACCAAACUUCUGCUCUUGAUGCCUAGUCAGGGUAUUUCCACUGGCAUUUGCUAAUGGGAAGUAAGACAAAGUUUCCAAAAAACCGUUUGGUCUAAAAAAGGGAACACACCUGCUGGAGUCACAAAUGGCUUGUUGGCUGGCAGAGAGCAGCAGCUGAUCAGUCUGCAGCUGCUCAUCUCCAUCGUCUCCAGCAGGUGUUAAUUGCAGGUGGCAGGAAUUCCAAGAAGGUAUCGGGUAGCUUGGCUCACACCCUCAGAUAAUCUGUCGGCCUCUCUCUUUUACACGUGGUCAUUGACUGAGUUCCCUGGAUUUUACACUGUUGCUCAUGAUCACUGGAACAAUCAUCUCUAGAGCUGUAAUGACUCCUGGGCCCAGCUGCAGGUGGGCCCGGGUUUAGGGACACGCGUCUGCUGCAAAUGGCUUUUUUCACAGCUUUGCCACUGCAGUGUGUAAUGUAACUGAUACUCUGUGCCAAGGAUGCCCUGCCCGCCACUAGAUGAAGAAUAACUACAAGAUAUGAGGGAUUUUUUUAAAAAAUAAAGUAUUUAUUAAAACACCACAAGAGCAAAUGACUAACCCCGCAUGCCAACAACCCCCCAAAGUGAACAGUACAAUCUAUAAUCUGCAUCUCCAGAUUAAGGGGAUAACGUUGUACCCACCCCAUAAAUUGGAGUCUUUACUUGAAAGAUGACCCCUUCAGGGCUUCUAUUCCCCCCUCCAUUUAAUCCUUCUCUCCAGAGUUGCUAAUUGCCUGACUUUUCCUCUCUACUGUUCUCCAUCUCAGAAGCGAGGUAUUUAAGGGCGCCAGACCCUCCUCCCUUCUUGGAUUUCUCAUCGUUUUGCUAUAAGGAGAGACAGCAAAGCCUUUCUCCUCAUCUACUGAGAUCUGAUUAUGAUAUGGACGGUAUGAGUGGCAUAUUCCUCCCCUCACUCUUCUGAAG